UUGUGCUGAUGCAGUAUGCGCCAAGCGUCUGCUAUCUAGCUAUGUUCCAAAAUUCACUGCUAGCGCUAAAAAUCUACAGUUUAUGUUACAUAUACUGUACAUUUUCAGCACUGGCAGCAAAUUUUGGAACAUAGCCCUAGCAUCUUAUGACGGCAGCCUAGAAACUAUCGUCAAUAUUGGAAGCAUGACGGAUCGAACGGAGCUGAGAAUGAACGUGGCUGCUUUGAAACGAGUUGACCCCUAUGUGAAGGAUAUUUUGGAAACUGCGACCCACGUCGCUCUGUAUACAUUUAACGCGGAUGAAAAUGAAUGGGAAAAAACUGACAUCGAGGGUGCUCUGUUCUUGUAUUCAAGGAAUGGCGAGCCAUACAACAGUAUUCUCAUAAUGAACAGAUUAAAUACAAACAAUCUAGUGGAACCAGUUGCUCCAGGUUUAGAUUUACAACUGCAGGAACCGUUUCUGCUCUAUAGAAAUUCUAGGUGCAACAUCUAUGGUAUUUGGUUUUAUGAAAAAGAGGAAUGUGUACGCAUCGCAAAUAUGUUAAAUAAACUUCUAAAAGAAUGUGAAGAAAAUCGCAAAAUCACUAAUAAACCGUUACUGAAGGCUAAAAAAACCUCUGGACCCAAUGUAAACAACGUGGAUAUAUUCAGCAUGCUUAGCAAGGCACAGGAGGACUUUAACACAAGCAGAGGUAGCGGUGGAGGUGGCGAAGGCGAUAGCGGUAACACAAUAAUAGGAUCAAAGUCUCCAUCGGUUACACCCAUGACCGACAAUAUUUCUGGACCUCUAGCUGCUCCCUUAGGACCUGACGUCACUUCUCAAAGUGUAAUGGACUUCUUUGCUAAAGCCAAGGUGAAUACUGGACACUUCAAAGCAGGCGACCAACCUACUCCAGGAAAUACAGUUGUGGUCGAAAGUAAACCUUUACUUGCACGUUUAAUGUCUCAUCCAGCAGCGCAUACUUUAGAACAUAUUGAGAAACAGCAGAGAUCUGUGACACCCCAACCAUCUCAUCAGUCACAACCGACAACGAUUCCAUCCACAAACAAAUCUAAAAAACGAAGUAAAGCAACUUUGCAACAAGAAUCGAUAAUAUCCACAUCAGCGCCGAUUUCCCAAGAUUUACCGCCGCUACCUGUUACUCAAAAUGUUAACGAUUCAAAUGCGUCGACUGGAUUCCUCAGGAUACAGUCGCCAUCUAACGUAACGUCUUCUACUCUAAGAAAUCAUCAAGUUUCCAACAUUACUAAUACCAACAAUGCCAAUCCACUUGCGUCAUUAUUCGCUCAUGCUUCCGGAAGUACGUCGUCAGACGAUAUUAUCCCGGCAGCGUCUACAUUGUCAGGAAGAGGCUCGGCACCAGCAUUGAUACCACCUGUGAUGUUUGCCGCUCCUAGCCCACCUGAAUCCUUAAACCGACCGUUAGAGCCACUAACGAGGAAUCAACUUUUACAAGCAUUCAAUUAUUUGUUGAAAAGCGAUCCGGAUUUUAUCAACAAACUUCAUGAGGCCUAUGUCAAAUCAUUUGGAGAGAUACUUUCUUAAACUCAUUAUAUUGUAUUAAUUGCAAAAAAAACUCAUUGUAAGGGUUAUGACUGAACAAAAGGAACAUCACUAAGCUAAAUCUCAAUAUUCCUACAUUACGUGCAUGUACAUACAUAGAUUAUAUGUAAUGCUCGACCUUCAAUUGAGAAGAUAAGCACAGUUUCUUUUAAAGAAAAGGAAAAUUUCUUUUUUGGCCGAAGAUUAGAAAGCCGAUAUGGAAUAGAACAUACAAUAUAAUACCUUGAACAGUAUUUUUAUAAAGGAAUGCGCUUUCUUUCGAGAUGACAAAGUAAAGAGGAUGAACGAGCAGGGACUCAUAUAACGAAGUAUGGUACGAAUGAGAAAUUGCAUCUUAAAGAAAUGGACUUGUUAUGAAUGGUAUAAUUAUAUACACACAUAUAUAUAUAUACACACACAUUAUAUAUAUAUAUAUAUAUAUAUAUGUGUGUGUAUAUGUAUGGAAUUGAAUGGUUUUUAAACUGUGAUGCCAAAACAUUUAUAUUAUACGUGCGUUUUAUGAUUGAAAUUUCAAUACAGCACGAAAUCAUUUUUUUGAGCUGAGUAAAUCAUAUGAAAACCUAUUUUAUAGAGUAAUGACGUAUCCUCUCUAUAUACCGGAUACCAAUAUGGUACGUGUAUGUUAUCGAUGAAAAGCAACAAAUAAAUACAGACAAGAUGCAAUGAAAAGACAAUUAAAAUAUACUUUACUUUUUUUUUCAUUCCUCACAAGUAACAUGUAUAAAAUAAAGUCUAGGCAAACCUGUACGUAUUUAUUUAGUCAUUAUUAUGUCGUACUAUCACAAUACAAUGUUUAUAUGAAAUACGCUUAAAAAAUAUUAUAUGAAGAAAAGGUACACAAUUCACAAAUUGGCUGUGAUUCAAGUCGCAACGGCGACUUGAACGAAAAAUUUUAUGUCGCUUACACAAAUUUACUUUCUAUUGAAUUUUCUUAUAGAUUAUUACGAAAUAUAUAAUCUUCCCUCACUUUUUAUUGGCGUGUACUAUUCGUGAAUUAAAAUUACGUACUAAUAUUUUUAGGGAACAGAGUUCAAUAAUUGCAACGUUAAAAACGUUCUCGCAUCAUUAUUGUAACUCGAUAAUAUCAUCAAAUUUAAUGUAUCAUUCAAGGUGAUAAAAAAUACAUGUUCUAUAUUUACAAUCCUAUAAUGACAUAGAAACGUAUCAUAUACUUUAUGUCAUCGUAUCGUCAUGUUUAAAGGAUCGAAAAAUGUUGAUCCAUUCUCACUCUUUGAUCUCGCGAUGUUGACAUGCGUGUCAUGUCGACGUUUCGAGGAAAUGCAACGAGUAAUACAUUAUCAUUAUGAGAUACAAUUUACAGUAGUUGCUUUCUUCGUAGAAUUCACAGCCAAGUGGAGCCUUCGACGGCCCGCUAGCUUUCUAAACAGCCAUUUAUUUGGUACAUGACUCUGUGGAAUCUUGCAAACUUGCAUACACACACACAUACGCACACACAGGCUAUAUUUCUUAUAUACAUUGUAAAAAAUCC